UAUAGGCCAGUAAACGUUACGUGAACACGGAAGAUGUGGUCUUGUUGCGUUUAAAAUACGUCUCUAUCUUGAGUUUAAGUUGCUGUUUACGAUUAAAGAUGUCGUACGAGCUGGCCGACACCGCGGGCUGAGCUUUAAACUGAAGUAAAAUGGAGGCAAGGUUCGGCAGCGAAGUAGCGUCGGUCGUGGAAGUCGCCAUCCAGGCGGCAGUGUCUGUGUUCAGGGAUGUCUGGGAGAAAGAGGCGCCAAACACGGAGUGGGAAGAAACGAAGUUCGUUGACAUCCAGGAGAUAGAGAAGUGUCUUGUAGUUCAGAUCCACAAAGUGUUCACGGAGUUCUCCUCGGAGCUGUUCGAGGAGAAUGAGGCUCUGCGAGCCAAAGUGGAGCAGCUGGAGGAUGUGCUGCAGAGGAAAGCCGGGCAGCUGGAGCAGGAGCUGGAGGCCAGAGUGGGUCAGCUUGGCAAGGAGAUGGAGCAGCUGGAGAAGGAGCUGAGGAGCAUCAGUGAAGGCAGCAACAAGACUCAGGGAGGUCCGACCCACAUCCUGCUGCAGGACGGCUCACUGAUAGCAGGAGCACCAGUGCUGUCAGUGUCCACCAGUCAAUCUGCCCCAAACUGUGCUCAAAGCACCUCAGACCCUCCACCAGGUUCAGCAGAGAGUGAAGUCACUCCCAGCUCCACAGCUGAGUCUGGGACUCUCCCCAAACCUGCAGGAGCCCCAAUGGUGUUUGUUGGCAGCGUCAGCUCUGCUCCCACAGUGCUGUUGGUGGGUGCUAGCCAAGUUGUCACCCAGCCCCCCACCCCAUCGCUGGCUGUCUGUGAAACCACAGGAACAACACAACUCAUCCUAAAAACAGCAGGGUCUCCGCCUCAAGACACCCCCAGUCCAGACUCCAGCCCCGGCAGUGGUCUUGACUCAACACAGGAAAAGAAACCUGUGGCAGAGGCACCUUCAUGGAGAACGAGGAGGACAAGGAGAGCACUUUCUAAAAUUGAAAAAGUUUCCACUGACAACAGCACUGAAGAGAAUAAAAUCAAGUCAAGCGAAAGGCUAAGAAAGAAAGAGUCACAGACAGUGAAGCGUUUUUUCUGUGAGCAAUGUAACGUUGGUUUUCAUUGGAAAGGUGAAUUGAACAAACACAUGAAGGUCCACAAGAAGCCGUUUCCCUGUGACCAGUGCGACAGAAGUUUCCUGGAGAAGAAGUCUCUGGAAAAUCAUGUCUUGCGUCAUGAGGCAAGUAAAGCCCCCCUGCCUUUCCCCUGUCCUCAGUGUAAAAGAUCGUACAGGAAAGAGCAGUCGCUGCAGAACCACCUCAAGCGUCACGAGCGGCUGAAACCACCAAAGCCGUUCGCCUGCGAUCAGUGCGGGAAAACAUUCAGAAUUAAGCCGUCUCUGGAAAACCACCUCCUACGCCACGAGAAAUGGAAGCAGAUGUUGAAGUGUCAGUUUUGUGACAAGACUUGCAAGACGUCCGUCCAGCUGAAAUGUCACAUGGCCGUACACUCGGAGGAAAGACCGUUCAGCUGUGGAACAUGCGGGAAGGAGUUUAAGAGUAAAGACACUCUUCGCUUCCAUCGGAUAGUUCACACCAACACCAAAAAAUACAAAUGCACAAUGUGCGACGAGACUUUCAAAUACGCCCACUCCCUGACGGUGCAUAAGAGGAAACACACGGGCGUCACUCCAUUCAUAUGCACCGUGUGCAACAGGUCGUACAGGACCGGCACGGCUCUUAAAAGACACAGCGUAGUCCACACAGGGGAGAAGCCGUUCACCUGUCACAUAUGUGGAGCGAGGUUCAGCCUGAAUAACAACCUCAAGAGACACCUUCGCAUUCACACAGGAGAGAAGCCGUUCACCUGUCAGGAGUGCGGCAAGAGCUUCUCGGACAACAACAAGCUCAAGUCCCACAUGCUCAUCCACGGUGCCAGAAAGCCUUUUAUGUGCGACCUGUGUGGAAAGACCUUCCUUUUCAACUGCAGGCUGCUGAUACAUCAGAGGUACGUGCAUGCUGACAGGAAUGAGGAGACAGACGGAACACAAAGGUUUUUCCAGACUAGACGUCGAAACAAGACUCUGGUUAAACCAUUCAGUUGCAAAAUAUGUCUGCGAGGUUUCAGUGCUGCAUAUUCACUCAAACUUCACGAAAGAGGCCACAGUGAGCACAAGGAGUACAACUGCGGCAUAUGUGGCAAGUCUUUCCAUAAUAAAUACUCCUUUGGCUAUCAUCAGAGGAGCCACUCAGGGGAGAGGCCCUUUGUUUGUGAUGUGUGCGGGAAGAGGUUUUUCCACGCCGGUAGUCUGAAGCAGCACGAGCGGAUUCACACGGGUGAAAAACCGUACAAAUGCGACCAGUGCGGCAAAGCUUUCAGAACAGAUGGAAACUUCUACAGACACUUGCGGAUCCACACAGGCGAGAAACCGUUUGAGUGUUUGUACUGUCAGAGGAAGUUCCACCAGUCCAAUCAACUUAAGUCUCACCUGCAGGUUCACACCGGGCAGAAGCUCUACUCGUGCCAGCAGUGUGGCCGAGGCUUCUCUGACUCAAGGCAGCUGAAGAAGCACAGCUGUGAUGGGUCGUAGGUGAUGUGAUGUCACCAGUACACUCAGCUGAACGACAAAUGGGAGCACUUGUGUUAACCCGAUAGUCAUAAAUGAAGUGGUGGUAUGUUGUAUUAAGGGAAAAAAAUUUACUUCAAAAAUUACAAAAUAUUACUCAGCUGAACAAGAGGGACACUGACAGAAAUAACUAAUUAGUUUAUCAUCAUUAUCUCUUGUUGAGAGCUGGUGCAUUGAAAUGAAAUUCAGCUGUUCUAGUUUUGAAAUUAUGUUGAGUUCUUUGCAAUUAUAAAGUAACAAUAGAAAAAGAUUUUGCUUGUGAUAGCUUCACGGUACGAUAGGGUGCUUGUUUGUCCCCGUGUUCUUGUAACACUUUAGGGCUCUGCUAACUCUCACUUGUCAUUACUCUUGAUAUAUUACAGUUAAGGGACUAAACUAAAGUAUCUAAUAAAGCACUGUAAAAGCAGUGGCAGGUCUACUCUCAUCCAGAGCAUUCACAGUAGAGGUUAGCAGCAAUGUUUGUGGCAUUUAUAGUUCUGUUUUUCUCUAUUUGCUUCAGCAACCUCAGCUGUUAAACACAUUAUAAAAGAUAGUUAGGACUGUUUACCCUUAAAGGACGUUAUGGCCAUUUAAAAAUGUCAGUUACACAUGUGAAACAGAGGUUUUGAGCUAAGAUGCCUCUGUAAAUAUUGUUAAGGUGGUAAAUGCUACAUAAACUCCCUCUUUCUGUUAGGAAUAGAUAGGAAGUGAAGCUUUUCUCUUUUACAGAUUGAGUUGAUAUUAAAUGAAGAUUAAGGUAAUUGUUAUUUUGAAAGGUUUCUUAAACUGUUUUGUAUUAUGUUAUGAGUUCACAAUAAUCCAGCAGAAUGCCGUCAAGAUGUGAUUAUUUUAGUAAAAAAUGUACGUUGUAUAAUAUACAGCUCUAUCCAAUAAGGCCGUGUGUAUACUAU